GAUUUGCUUCUCGAGAAGGCGUCUGAGAUCAAUGCGCUAGACAAAACUGGAAAAACAGCCCUCCACAUCGCAAUUGAGCAAGGUCUCACAACCGAAGCCCAAUGUAUUAUACGUGACGGAGCCAAUAUCGCCAUAGCUGACAACGAGGGGCAGCAACCUCUUUAUCUAGCUUGUGUAGAGGGUCAUACUGAGCUAGUCGAGCUGCUACUUAGGGAGAAAGCAAGCAUCGACGCAGCAUCAAAUCGUGACGAGACCCCAAUCGCUGCGGCGUGUCGAAAUGGCCAUACCAAGAUCGUCAAUAUUCUUCUCGAUGGAAAAGCCAACACCAAGACAUCUGACAAUAGGAAGUGGACUCCACUACACUGGGCUAGUGUUGGAAACCACGAAGAGAUCGUGAAGCGUCUUCUUGGAGUGGAUACGUUAAAUCUCAAUGCUACUGAGGCCUUGACACAUUGGACUCCGCUCAAUGUAGCUGCUUAUUGUGGCCACAAAGGCGUUGUUUCUCUCCUUCUUGAAAAGAACGCCGAUCUCUACAUUAAAAACUCCUUACAAUGGACUCCGUUAAUGACAGCCACGACAAUGCAACACCUAGAGAUUGUCAGGACAAUCCUUGACCAUAAGACC